AGGAGAGGCGCCGCCAUUACUGUCGGAGCCAAGGUCGGACAGGAGAAGAACUUCUAAAUAAGUGGCCACAAAAUGGGUCGCCACUUUGGAAACUUGAUCAAAGUGCGGCACAUUAUCACCUAUACCAUCUCUCCAUUUGAACAAAGGGCAUUUGCAAAUUAUUUCUCUAAAGGCAUACCCAAUACAUGGAGGCGAUUCAAGGGUCAAGUGUUAUGGAUUGUUCCACCAUUUGUGAUCUCAUAUCUUAUUUAUACCUGGGCCACAAAUGAACAUGAAAUGUCAAUGAGGAAGAAUCCGGCUGACUAUGUGAAUGAUAAAUAAAUGGUGUUUGGAAG